AUGGGGCUCCCGAAGACGGCAAGCAGCAUGCUGGUGCGAGUUGCACAACCUUAUGGGAAGUUCACAAAGGUUUCUCAACGGACUACCGUAUUACUACUGGGUUGGGCUAUGGCACGCGACUAUCACCUAACAAAAUAUGCACAAAUCUAUGAGAAAAUGGGGUUAACGACAUUACGCUUCACGAGUGCUUUCACAGGCCACACUAGGAACUUGAAGUACUCCCGAGACAUCUCCGGACUUAUGGACAACUUGAGAUCUGUGCUGGCAUCUCCUAAAGAUCGCUUGGCUUUACACGUAUUUAGCAUGAAUGGUAUUUAUACGUUGUGCUCCCUGCUACUUCAGUAUCCAGAGUUGGAUAUUUUGGGGAGGACAGAUGGAAUCAUCUUUGAUAGCUGUCCAGUACUUUUCGACGCGAGUAGCCCACGAAGCUUUGCCACCUUAGCCAACGUUCUUGCAAGAACAGUACAGAACGCAUCCCUUUGGGAAAAAUUGAAAUUUGCGGUCUGGAGAGCAUACUUUACCAUGGGGAUUCGCUUCUUUCUUCUCGAGCAAGGAGUCCGAAGACAACUUGGCCUGAGCUUGACAGAGUUUACUCCUUAUCAUUUUCUUCGUGAUCACCCACAACUGCCACAUCAUCUCUCCUUCAUUUAUUCCGACAAAGACAGAAUUUGUCCUCCAGAAUCACUGACACAAUUUCAUGAGGCUGUUGCCGAAAAAGGUAAGCAAGUGGAUGUGCUGCACCUAAAAGAUUCAAAUCACGUCGAACACCUCAAGAAAUACCCAGACGAGUACUGUGCCGUAAUAGAACGUUUCCUUGCUCAACUGGAACGAACAAAAUCACGCAUCUAGGAGAAGAGUAACGUGAAUUUUUAGCUGUGAAUUUUUGUUAGGAGCUGUUUUGAUUAUGUGUGAAGCAAAUAC